AAAAUGAAAUAGCAGAUGAGUUAUCACAUGACGCGCUUCGAAAACGCAAAAGCAGAGAAAACGAAACCCCUGAGCAACGCCAAAAGCGACUUGCUCGAGAUCGCGAAAAUAAAAGCAAGAAGAAGAAUGCGGAAAGUGCAGAAGAGCGUAGAAAACGCUUGGAUAAGGAAAAAGAACAAAGGCAGAAACGGAGAGCCUUGAAUAGCAAAAAAUCCUUAAAUACUGCUGAU